AUAAAGUAUCUACAAAAGUAAUAACUUCAGUUGGAAUUUUCUUAGUGACAGUUGAUAUAGAAAUAGAAUCGUCUUGAACGGUAGAUAGUUAAGUGAUUACAGCUGAAUAAAAGAUGAUUCAAAAAAUACAACGCAUCGCUAUGUGCAAAAAGAAAAGAGAGGAAAAGGAUACAUUGGAUUCAAGCAUGCAACUGAGUAUGAUCGAUUGACAAUUUCUUACAUCGUGACAAUUUCUAAAAAAAUGAAGACAACAUCGAACAAAGACUUCACUUACGCUAUGACUCCGUUGAAAUUCCUUUCAUGGCCCCUAGGAACUUGGCCUUUUCAAGUGUACGAUACAUUUUCACUCAUACGUACCAUAUUUUCAAUUUCACUUUUGUUGCUUAUGAUAGCAAUCGUGCAAGUGGAAUUAUAUUUGGACAGAAGCAACGCGGAAAAUAAUCUAGAUGCUCUUCUAAUUAUUAAUUGCGGCAUUUUGGCAGUGGCAAAAGUGAUGAGUUUUCGUGUACGUUCCACAGGACUUGUCUCCAAUUUUUCUUCUGCGGUUAAGGAUUACAACGAAUCAAACGAUGAAGAAAAUCGAGUGAUUAUGCGUCAGCACGCUUACAUGGGUAGAGUUGCAUGCGCCAGUUUAAUAUCUUUUUCGUAUACAUGCUCCACGCUUUUCAUAACUGUGCCUAUGCUUGCUGGGGACGAAAUAGAAAUGAUUAAUGUAACGGAAGAAAGUAUAAAAUAUCCUAUUCCAUCUAAAAAUGCAUUGGCAAUUAUAAAUGUGCCGGAUAAUUUGUAUUUCGUGAUUUUCAUCGUAGAAUACAUGAUGCUACUAUUCACGAGUAUUGGGAAUCUAGGUAGCGAUUCAGUGUUUUUCGGUAUUGUUUUUCAUUUGUGCGGUCAAGUGGAGAUUUUGAAACGAGAAUAUAGUAAAUUAUUCUACAAAAACGAAAAAAUAACGGAACAUUUUAUUUUAUUAAUCAAAAGGCAUAUUUAUUUGUUAAAUCUGAGUAAGAUGCUGAAUGAGACAAUUAGUUCUAUUCUGGUUAUACAACUUUUUUCAAGUUGUAUUCUUAUAUGUACAACUGGAUUUCAAUUUAUUCUCGCUUUGAGCAUUGGAAAUAUUGUCUUGAUGAUAAAAAUACUUAUAAUAAUGUGCGUACUCUUGAUACAACUAUUCGCAUAUAGUUACGUGGGUGAAUAUUUGAAGACUCAAACUGAAAGCGUCGGUAAUUCGAUGUAUCUUUGCACUUGGUAUGAUAUGCCAAAAAAUAUAUCCAAAGAUAUUAUUUUUAUUAUUAUGAAAGCUCAACGUCCAGUUCUCUUGACAGCUGGAAAAAUCUUUGUUGUUAACAUGGAAACAUAUAUAAGUAUUUUAAAAACUUCGAUGUCGUAUCUUUCAGUUCUCCGAGUGAUGGUAAAUUCUUAA